AUGGGCAACAUCAUCGACAACAACCUUUGUUGCGCACGCUCUGCGAAGGUGAAGGUGGAGCUGGACCGUUUCAAGAACCGUCUGGAAGCUUGCAACAAGAAGCUGGAUGGACUGGUGCAGGAGGAGAUCGACGAAGUCUUUGGACAAGUUGAUGUGGAUGGCAGCCAAGCAUUGGACCUCCAAGAGGCCAAGGCAUUGGUAGGCAAGUUGGAGGAGAAAGGCUUCGAGUUCCCAUCAGACGUCAGCACCUUCGACCAGGAUGGCGAUGGCAACAUAAGCAAAAGCGAGGUCUCACUUGCUGUGCGAUCAGCCCUGCGCGAGCGUCCCAAGAACUUGGAGCUGUUGAGCAGCAAGUGUGAAGACGUGGACAUUUUAAGCAGAGAUGCGUGGGACUUGAUCGAUGUGACGAAAGAUGGCUACAUCAGCAUCCCAGAGUUGUCCAUGUUCUAUGGAGACCUGGGGAAGGUUAUGGACGAGAAGCCUCCGACAUACCAGGAGCUGCUGGAGCUAGCCAGGAAGUAUGACACGGACAGCGACAGUGUAUUGACGUACGAAGAGUUCGAGCUUCUAUUUUGUGAUUACCUGUGCCGGACUUGUUUCAAACCCGAGGAGUUCGAAGUACAGGACUCGGGGUCGGAGCCCGACAAAUCCUGA